AACCACUUUGUCACUUUCUCUUCCUCGUGAAGCAAACAGAAAACAAAAGAAAAUAACACAGAGGGAGAAAGAAAGUAUUAUUAGUUACUGUCUUAGUGAUAGAAAAAAAAAUAUAUAUAUAUAUAUAUAUAUCAAAAACACUAAAAUCACAGGUUGUCAAAUCUCAAAAAUCUCAGGCCUCUCGCGUUUUUAGGUUAUAAAAUUGUAGUUAAUUAUUAUUUUUUGCUUCUUAUUUUAGAUUUUCCAUUAUUGUCUUCUCCCACCUUUCCAACUUCCAUUCCCAGCAUCUUCUUCUUAGCUAUGCAAGAAAAUAUUAUUUAGGGUUUUUUCCCUUUUUUUCUUUCAUUUUUUUUUUGAAUUUUUGAGAAAGAAGGAGAUUACCAAAGCAACGUGUAAUCUAACCUAGCAACCCGUUGCCAGAAUUCCUGCAUGAGACAUUGGAUUUUAUCUUUUUAACAUUGUAUAAUAAAAUCCUUAUGUUCUAUGCUGGGAUUCUGGCCUGGGUUUUGAUUUUCUUGUAUUAAUUUUUUGUUUUUCUGUUUUCUUUAUACUUGUAGACAAUAUUUUCCAUUUCCUGAAUCCAAUUCCAUUCAAUCCAAUUCCAUUAUCAUUUGAGCAUUGAUUUUUUCUCUGUCAUUGAUUUUGAAGAGUUUUGGAAAUUCUAAAGUAAAGCUAGGAAUUUAUUUCCAAUUUCCAAAAAGGAAAAAUUAGAUUCUUGAUUUGCAAACCCAUGCUUUGGAUUUUAUUUUUUUGAAAAAUGUUGAAAUGAUUUGCAAAAAUUUUUAAGAAAAUGAAGAAUUUGGGUUUCCAGCAAGAAUGUCAGGAAACCCAAUUACUUGAUGGAGGAAAAAAUAUUGCAAAAGGUGGUACUUUCUUGUGCAUAUAUUAACAAUAAGCAAGAAAAGGAAAAAUAAAAUUCCCUGUUUGGCUGUAGUAAUAUUAUGGGCUGUAUCUGCUCUAAAGGAGCUGAUGACGAAUUAACCACUAAUGAAAGUGAGAGAAAGAAAGAAAAUGAAUUGGAUAAAUCAUCAGUUCAAUUGGUUGCUCCAACUCCAACCAAGAGAGAGGAGGACAGUGCAAGAGACGGCAGCAGCAGCCGGAAACAUGGGUCUGUUUUAUUUCCGGUGGCAAAAACAGGAGGUGCUAUGGUUGUUCCAUUACUAGAAGAUGGAGAAAAGAAUAGAAAGAGUUUGGAAACACCUUCAAAAAGUCAUCAUCAGAGAUGGGCUACAAUGGAUUUAGGGUCAAAUAGAAAUAAUCAACAAAAUAAUGUGUGCAGAAUAAGUACCAUGCCCCAUGGCCCUGAAAGUGAGCUGAUUGUUGCUGGUUGGCCUCAGUGGUUAACGUCAGCCGCCGGAGAAGCAAUUAAGGAUUGGCUGCCUCGACGAGCGGACUCAUUUGAGCAGUUAGAAAAGAUUGGACAAGGAACAUAUAGUAGCGUAUAUAAGGCUCGUGAUCUUGAUUCAGGGAAAAUUGUUGCAAUGAAGAAAGUGCGAUUUGUCAAUAUGGAUCCUGAAAGUGUCCGUUUCAUGGCUAGGGAAAUUCAUAUUUUGCGAAAACUUGACCAUCCAAAUGUUAUGAAGCUUGAGGGUAUAGUUACUUCCAGAAUGUCUGAGAGCUUAUACCUUGUCUUUGAAUAUAUGGAGCACGACCUUGCUGGGCUUUUAGCCACUCCUGGCAUCACGUUUAGUGAACAACAGAUUAAAUGUUAUAUGCAACAACUUCUUCGUGGACUUGAACACUGCCAUAGUCGUGGUGUUCUACACAGAGACAUAAAAGGUUCAAAUCUUCUGCUUAGUGAUGAAGGAGUACUAAAGAUUGGAGAUUUUGGACUUGCAAAUUUUUAUCAGCCUGAUCAAAAUCAAGCAUUAACAAGCCGAGUUGUAACGCUUUGGUAUAGGGCGCCCGAGCUUUUACUUGGUGCUACAGAAUAUGGAUAUGCUAUAGAUAUGUGGAGUGUUGGUUGCAUUCUUGCUGAAUUAUUUGCAGGCAAGCCUAUUAUGCCUGGAAGAACAGAGGUGGAGCAAAUGCAUAAGAUUUUUAAGCUUUGUGGUUCGCCUUCUGAAGACUACUGGCAUAAGAAAGGACUAUCCCAUGCAACUAGUUUCAAGCCUCAACAUUCUUAUAAGCGUCGUGUUGCUGAGACUUUCAAAAACUUCCCUUCUUCAGCUUUAUCCCUCAUUGAUAAGCUCUUGUCAAUGGAACCAGAAGCUCGAGGAUCGGCCACUUCGGCCCUAAACAGUCAGUUCUUCAAUUCAGAGCCUUUCCCUUGCGAUCCAUCAAGUCUACCAAAAUAUCCUCCAAGCAAAGAACUGGAUGCGAAGAUUCGAGAAGAGGAAGCAAGAAGGAUGAGAGCAGAAGGAAAAGCAAGCGUACACGGAGCAGAACCUGUUAGAAUAGUUUCUAGAGAUAUCCAAGGAUUCAUUCCUCAGGGGCAAACAAAAACAAAUAGUACUAGUUAUAAAUAUGAUAUUCAAGAGGAUGCUGGUUCUGGUUUCCGAAUUGAGCCACCAAAUAAGCCUAUUAAUAUAGCAUUAUCACAGUCUAAUUCAACCAUUCAUCCUUCUCAAGUUGGAUCAUCACUAGUAAAUAAGAAUUUAGGCUCUUCAAGACAUCGUAAUACAGAAUUCAGGACACAAAAAUCUUACAGGCCUCAAUCUACCGUAGACAUUUCCAACUCUUCUCUUAAGAAGGACUUUAUCAGAGAUCCUAUGGUGGGUGUUCCCAGGAAAAACAGAAUCCACUACUCAGGACCAUUGAUGCCUCCUGGAGGAAACAUUGAGGACAUGCUAAAAGAACAUGAGAGACAAAUCCAACAAGCUGUUCGUAAAGCACGACUCGAGAAGUCUGGGACCAAAGGUAACUUUUGAUGGUUAAUUAGAGUCAGCAGCUUACAGGCACGUACAUAUUACCAAAAUAUUCAGGCUCUUAUGACACCUUACAAGGAACUGUCCUUGAGUUGUCUCAUUUCUUCCUCCGAAGAAUGAAGUGCAACUAAGCAAAAAAGGCUUCAUUACAUAGCUGAUUAGUGUACUUGUGUAGGGAUUUGUCAAAUAUUCUUUUGCAGUGGACCUUUUUGUUGUUUUGAAAUUUUUAAACAGUGUCUACAACCAAGAGAGGAGGAUCUUUUUGGCUAUUUGUUUGGAUAUUUUUGGACCUGGAAUUGGUUUUGUAUAGCGGAUAGGGCUUGCUGUGUAGUGGCUAAUUAGCAUAUGAGUAAAGUUCUCAAUUUCUUAUUCCA